UCGUACCUUUUCCAUCUUAAUUAGAUUCCAAAUGCCAUACUGCCUUCGGCAUUCACAUGGUGAUCAGAAGGUGGUUUGCAAACGAGAAAGCAUUAUUCAAUUUAUCUGCCAAUUAAAAAGAAUUACGAGAGGCAAGCCCCACAUGCAUAACAAAGAUUCAAACCUAUUAUACGGUAUAGGGUAAGAGAGGAGAUUUUGUGCUCUCUUCUGUAACAUGUUUUAUUAUCCUUUUGCUUUCUACAAUAAUAAUAAUAAUAAUGUUUUGCCUUUUUUUUUUUGGGGGGGGUAAUUAAUGAUUAUAUGGACCAUGAAGAACCACUGAAACUUGAAAGUAUGUAAAGUUGCGAGAAUAAAUAACGCAAAAUAUGAAAAUAACUUCCCGGGCUUCUCAGUGGUUCAGUUGAGGAGUCAAAAAGGCAGACCGAGAGAGAUGGAAAUGAGAAUGAGAGCGAGCGAAGACAUAGAAAUCGGCGAAGACAUAACGCCGGCAAUACCAGCUCUGUGUUUCUGUCUCAACGAUUCCUUUGUCUCCUCUCAUUGCUCCUCCUGUUUCUCUCCCCUUCCUUCCCAUCACUCUUCUUCUUCCAAUCCCUUCCACCUCCUCUACUGCUCUCCUCCGUCUUCAUGCUCUCUCUCUUCCUCCACCUCCUCCGCCGCCGCCGACUCCCACCUCCUUCUCCUCCUUCACUCCCGCCCCUCCCUCUACCCCCAUGGCGAUUCCUCCGACCUCCGCCUUGCCCUCCGCCUCCUCCACCACUCUGCUCCUCCUCCCCUCUCCCUCUCCCGCGACCGCAUCGCCGGAUUGUUGACCAACCGUCACAAAUUGAUGACUCGUGAGGCGUCCGAUGACGAUGAGUUUGUUGCCAGAAUUCGCAGUGGAGCCAGGGCUAUGGCCGCCGCCAGAAGAAUGCGAGACGGCUUGGAUGAUGUCUCCUGUUGCGAUCAUGCUGCGUCCGAAUACGACGCCGUUUUGGAGGAGGAGGCCACGGCGCUCUGCCUGGUGAUAACGAACGCCGUGGAGGUGCAGGAUAAGAGUGGGCGCACCCUCGGACUCGCUCUGUUCUGUCCCAGCUUCUGCUGGAUCAACCACAGCUGUUCUCCCAAUGCCUGUUACCGGACUUUGCUCUGUACGGAUCCUCAAACGGCACCGUCUUCUUCCGUCCAAGGGAAGAAGCCGCUGCGAAUUUCUCCCUAUAGCUGCGGCUGCGGCGACGAAGAUAAUCAAAUAGCGGGUGUCGUUUGUAGCAAUGGUAUAUUAACAAAAGAAUCCCAUUGUUAUUGUGGUCCAAGGAUCAUAGUUAGAAGCAUCAAGAGGAUAACGAAAGGGGAAGAGGUUACUGUGGCUUACACUGACUUGUUACAGCCUAAGGCAGUAAGGCAGUCAGAGCUAUGGUCGAGGUAUCGUUUUAUCUGCUGUUGUAGACGAUGUAGUGCAUCACCUUUGACUUAUGUGGAUCGAGCUUUGGAGGAACUUUCUGUUGCCAGUCUUGAUUCUUUGAGUUCCAAUAUCAGCUUUGAUACAGAUAAGGCAACUGAAAAACUAACCGAGUACAUCGAGGAUGCCAUAGCUGACUACCUGUCAAGUGAUGAUCCUGUAUCUUGUUGCAAGAGGCUUGAGCAUGUGCUUGCUCAAGGUCUUAGUGAUGAGCAGUUAGAAUGCAAGGAAGGAAAUUCACAGGCAACUUAUCGGUUGCAUCCCCUGCACCAUCUAUCUCUUAAUGCCUACACAACACUUCAAUCAGCAUAUAAAACCCGCACAAGUGACUUAUUGCCAUUGUGUCCUGAACGGGAUGAACAUCUGGUUGAAGCUUUCAACAUGAGCAGGAGCAGUGUAGCAUAUGCAUUGAUGCUUGCUGGCGCAACUCACCAUCUGUUCCACUUUGAAACUUCUCUGAUUGCAUCAGUUGCCAAUUUCUGGAUAAGUGCAGGGGAAUCCUUGCUAACUUUUGCUAGAAGCUCAGUAUGGAAUGAGUUUGUUGGAUGGGGUUUGCCUGUGUUGAAUCUUUCCUCUAUCACAGCACAUAAAUGCCCAAAAUGCUUGUUGGUAGACAAAUUUAGAACCAUCCAACUUGAUAGUCAAGUACAAUAUGCAGAUUUUGAGGACACAAGAAGGAAGUUUCUUGUUUGUGUCACUGGUUUUACACAUGAGGUUUGGAGUUUUCUAGUCAACAGCUGCUGCUAUUUAAGGUCAUUUAAGGACCCCAUUGACUUCAGCUGGUCUGCAAACUCGAAAUUUUCAAGUUUUUUGGAAAUUGAUGCUCGUUCUAGCAGCACAGACAUGCAUGGAUGUGAAGUAGAGGAAGACUCCGACAGUGGAAAAAUUAGAAUAUAUAUGUUCCAACUUGGUAUGCAUUGCUUACUCUAUGGAGGAUAUCUCGCAAGCAUAUGUUUUGGUGGGCAUUCCAGUUUGACAUGUCAUGUUCAAAAUAUUGUGGACGGUGAGUAGAAUUUGAUUUAAAAUCCCUUUGCUGAUUGAAACUGAGAUGUACAGUUAACAUGUUAUUUUGUGAAUCUUGAGAACAAACUGAGCAAAAAGACUCACCGAUGCUUUGAUACGUCAAGGCUGAGAAUUGCAUCAUUUUGCUUUUGUUGUACAAGCUUAAUUGUAUUGUGAGCUUGUGUUGGGCAGCCUGAUGCAAAGAUGAGAUGAAAUGUAAAGAAAAUGAGUGUAUAUAUUUGGUUAUUUUAUGGUGUAUUUAGAUAAUUCUUGAAGGUAGUGCUAGAGUUGGGCUCAGAGUUCUGUUUAUCAAGCAAAGCCAAGAUCCAAGUUUGAGUGCCUA